AUGGCAGCAGUCCCGGUGUACAGCGUCACAAGAGCGGAGAUCGACGAGUUCUGGAGGAGGAAGGAGGUGGAAGCAGAGGAGCGGCGACUCGCUGCCGAGAAGGAGGCUGCAAGAAUCAAGGCCAAGACACUCAAGAUGGAAGAUUACGUGCUCUUCGAGCAAAUGAUCAGUGAGAUUCUCAAGGAGGGGAACAAAGGAGACGGAGCAACCAUGGCGCCAGCUGCCACCGGUGGCACUGAGGCACGGAUGGUUGGUAUCAAACACUGGUGGACAAGAAGUGCUUAUGCUUAUCUGAAUUCACCUACCUUGUCCAUGGAUGGGAAUGGCAGAAGCAAACAUGUUGCCUCAUAUGUUCCGCAGGAGAGAUGUGUUCCCGCCAAGGAUAAGCUGGGGCGUGGGGAAAUAUCAGGAAAUGUGGAUGUGAUUCAUGUGUCUGUUAUACUUUGGGUUGAAUAA